AUGAAUAGUGUACUUCUUGAUGAAGUGCGUGCGAUGCAGUUAGAACUAACACAGAUUCGACAAGAUAUCCAUGCUCAUCCAGAAAUGGCCAUGGAAGAAGUACGAACAUCUGCUUUAGUCUCUGCAAAAUUAAAAGAAUGGAAUAUUGUGGUAACUGAAGGUGUUGGUCAAUUUGGUGUUGUUGGAACAUUGAAAAGCUUACGACCAGGUAAUAAUACUAUUGGUUUACGUGCCGAUAUGGAUGGUCUUCGAAUAUAUGAAGAAAAUGAUGUUCCCUACAUUUCAACUACACCUGGAACGAUGCAUGCUUGUGGUCAUGAUGGUCAUACUGCCAUGUUGCUCGGUGCUGCAAAAUAUCUAGCUGAACAUCGUGAUUCAUUUUGUGGAACUGUUCAUUUUAUUUUUCAACCAGCUGAAGAAAAACUGAUAGGUGCUAUAGCAAUGAUUGAUGAUGGUCUCUUCGAUCGAUUUCCUGUGGAUGCUAUAUAUGGAUUACAUAACUAUCCAGAAAAACUAGGAACAUUUGCAACACGACCUGGACCGGUGAUGGCAGGAGGUGAUCAAUGGGUAGUUACAUUUCAUGGUACUGGUGGUCAUGCAGGUGCACUCGUACAUCUUACUGCUGAUCUCACUGUUUUGCAAGCACAAUUUAUCUUAGCAUUACAAACCAUUAUUAGUCGGAAUAUUAGGCCAGUUGAUCCAGCUGUGAUAACUGUUGGUGCCAUUGAAUGUGGUUCUUUUCAAUCGUUGAAUGUUAUGCCAUCAAAAUUAUGUAUUGGUGGCACGGCCCGAAGUUUAACACAAUCUGUUCGUAAUACGAUCCAAAGACGUAUGAAAGAAAUAGCUACGAAUCUUGCUGCUGAUUUUGGUUGUCAGGCAGAAGUAGAAUAUACUAGUGUUGCAGUUCCUCUCGUUAAUCAUGUAGAACAAACUAAACGAACAAUCGAGGCAGCUCAGGCAGUAGUUGGCGAAGAAAAUGUCGAUCAAAAUAUGGAACCAACAUUGGCUGGAGAAGACUUUUCUUAUAUGCUUUUAAAACGACCCGGUUCUUUUAUAUUUAUGGGAAUUAAAGAUGAAACAAAAUUUGGAAAUUUACAUUCAUCUACAUAUGAUUUUAAUGAUAAUGCUAUUCCAUAUGGUGUUGCUUAUUGGAUCCGUUUAGUUCAACAAGAACUUAGCAAUUAA